GACAGCUUGCUUUCGCCUUGCACCCCAGAUUCUCGUCCUUGGAGGUGGGGGUCCCUCCCCUUCCUCGUCUCAAGCACCCAAAUUUUGGCAUCGCUCGAGGUGAAUGGCGGGAACCGGAAGUGUGUGCAGCGGCGGCGGGUACCCGGCGAAUCGGGUCCCAGGCGAAUCGCCGGAAGUAACAAUUGCUACGGGAGGUUUCCCCCAGCUUAGCUAUGGCGGCGAUCCCUCCAGACUCCUGGCAGCCGCCCAACGUAUACUUGGAGACCAGCAUGGGGAUCAUCGUGCUGGAGCUGUACUGGAAGCAUGCUCCAAAGACUUGUAAGAACUUUGCUGAAUUGGCUCGUCGAGGUUACUACAAUGGCACCAAAUUCCACAGAAUCAUCAAAGACUUCAUGAUCCAGGGAGGUGACCCAACAGGGACAGGUCGAGGUGGUGCAUCUAUCUAUGGCAAGCAGUUUGAAGAUGAACUUCAUCCAGACUUGAAAUUCACAGGGGCUGGAAUUCUCGCAAUGGCCAAUGCCGGGCCAGACACCAACGGCAGCCAGUUCUUUGUGACCCUGGCUCCCACCCAGUGGCUUGACGGCAAGCACACCAUUUUUGGCCGUGUGUGCCAGGGUAUAGGAAUGGUGAAUCGAGUAGGAAUGGUGGAAACAAACUCCCAGGACCGUCCUGUGGACGAUGUGAAGAUCAUUAAGGCAUACCCUUCUGGGUAGACUUGCUGCACUCUUGGGCACACCCAGGUCUUCUGAGAUGGCCCCAGUGAACCAGUUUCCAGAUGACCUAGAAUGACACGUAACUCUAAACUGCAUUUUGGUCUUGCAAAUCUGAGGCGCUGAGGAGGCCUGGGGUCUUGGGUGAGUUAGAGAUGGAAGUGUAUUUUAAUAGGAUGCUUCUUUUCUCUUCCCCAGUGCCUGUGUUGACAGAGCAUUUGCAGAAAUGCCCAUGCGUGAUUGUUCACAGGUUACUGCUCACUGCAAAUGACCCGUACUGCUCCUUCUUGUGUGUAUCUGCUCUAUACACUUGGAACGAAAUGAAGCCAACUCUGUCAUUUCGCAGUGCCUAACCAGCCUCUUCUUGCAGAAAUUUAUAUUCUGGGCUACACUGCAGUCUUUGGUGGCUGACAGCCGUAGAAUUCAGAACCAAGUAGUGUCUAUCAGCCUUCUUAACUGUGUGCACCCCCUAUUUCAGUCCUUUGCCUUUGUUCUUCCAGAGAUUGUAUGCAUCUCUCUAUAUAUUUUCCCUCUCAAAACCAGAACAUCAACACUGCUGUUUCUGACACUUAGACAUCCCACGCAAAGCCACAUUGAAUUUUUGCCAAGUGAAAAAUGCAUCCAGCAAUCAAGUUUCUAAGAAUGUGUCAAGUGGGGAAUGAUAAUGUGUAAUAAUUGAGAAAUUAAUUUAUUAAAAAGAAGCAGAAGCAUUGACCAUUUUUUCCCCAGGAAGGAGUAGAAAUCUAUAGUGAGCAUACGGAAAGACUAUGAAUUCUUCUUAAAAAGCAGUAUCCUCAUAAAGGAGAAGCACCACUUAAGUUUUUUUUUUUUUUUUUUGCGGUACGCGGGCCUCUCACUGUUGUGGCCUCUCCCAUUGCGGAGCACAGGCUCCGGAUGCGCAGGCUCAGCGGCCAUGGCUCACGGGCCCAGCCGCUCCGUGGCAUGUGGGAUCUUCCCGGACCGGGGCACAAACCCGUGUCCCCUGCAUCGGCAGGUGGACUCUCAACCACUGCGCCACCAGGGAAGCCCACCACUUAAGUUUUUUAACCUAAGACUUUAGAGAAACUAGAUAAGAGAUUUUUAUAUAUAUAUUUUUUAAUCUUUCUGAUUUUUUUAGGGAGGGGGCGGUGAGAGAAAGGAAGUUAAUACCUAUGGAAUACAUAGAACUUCCAAAAUAAAAUGCCAUUGAUGGUUGAAAUCACUGCUGUAGUUUGAUUUUAAAUAUUGUAUGAGGUUCUAACAGCCAUUUGGACCUCUGAACCCUUUCAAGUAGUAUUGCAGGACUGAUAUUCAAGUUUUCAUAUCAUUUUAGGUUUUUGCAUCUCUAGUAGACUUCUCCCAUCCAAUAGUAGGUUUGACUUUAAAAAAGCAACACCAAAGAAAGAAGUAAGUGAUGUUGAUUUGCAUUUCUGAGUGAGGGGCAAUCCCCUGUAGAUUAACCAAGUGGAUGUGCUGAGAGACCUGAACCAUUCCCUGAACUUGGAAGAGAUACACCUGCAUGUCAUCACAAGCCCAGAGGCAAAAUGUGUUGUGGUGGUUUUUUUUUUUUUUUUUUUUUGCGGUACACGGGCCUCUCACUGUUGUGGCCUCUCCCAUUGCGGAGCACAGGCUCCGGACGCGCAGGCUCAGAGGCCAUGGCUCAUGGGCCCAGCCGCUCCGCGACAUGUGGGAUCUUCCCAGACCGGGUCACGAACCCGUGUCCCCUGCAUCGGCAGGCAGACUCUCAACAACUGCGCCACCAGGGAAGCCCCAUUGUGUUUGUUUUCUUAAAUGGGUAGUUAGUUGAUUGAAAAGGGGAUUAUAGCUUAACUGUUCAUCCUUAUCACUCUACAUAUUUUGGAAAUGGUGAUUUACUUUAUGGAAUGGCCAAACAAGGUUCUGUUCCCCAA